AUGAAGAAAGAAGGAACUUUGUGGGGUUUUCUUGAGGGCCUCCUGUGGAGGGGGGCCCCCGGGGGCCCCCAGGCUCUCCAUUCGCCAGGAAGCAGCAGAGCUGCUGCAGCUGCUGCAGCAGAGGGGCCCCUCCGGCCGCCGCAGCCCCCAGGGUCACCUGGGGCCCCUCCCCCAGUGCAGCAGCAGCAGCAGCAGCAGCAGCAAACCCUGCGCUUCCCCUCCCGGGAUCUCCAGCUAACCCUCCCCUCCUCUCGGGGGCUGCCUUCUUCGCAAGUGCAGCAGCAGCAGCAGCAGCAGCAGCAGCAGCAGCAGCGACAGCCCCAGCUCUCCGGGAGCAGCGCCCCGAGCAACAGCGACUCGGCCAGCAGCGCGGCAAGCAGCAGCAGCAGCAGCAGCAGCAGCAGCAGCAGCAGCCUGCGAGUUCUACGUAAAUACAGAAGUCGGGGCUUUCUAAAGCCCCCGUGA